AUGACACUAAGCCGCACCGACGAUGCGACUCUGCAGCCGCUUCUUGACCGCUCGGACACCCCUGACGUCCCUCCGCAUGACGAUACGCUGCACACGACUCGAACGCGAGUCACAGUGAGCUGGAAAGUCGUGCUCGGCGUCGUCGCUGGUUCAAUACUGAUCGUCCACAUUGUGUUUGUCGCACUGCUGCGAAAGACAACAGUGACACUGCACCAGUUGACGCUUCCAGACUUGUGCCAUCGUGAAUCAGUUGGAGAGCUUGUCAUGGCGUUCCAGAAUCCGUCGUACUGCUCGCCGAUCGUGGGACCACUGGACAUGGAAUUCGCAACGAAGGACACGGCGUUCUUGCGCGUGCACGUUGCUGCCUUUGAGCUCCAGUCAGGUGUGACAACGGUGGUCUCGCCAGUCCAUUUUACGUUAUUGACGUCCCCUCAGGUGCUGUAUCAACUCGUGCUGGCCAGCAAUGGCCACAAUGUCCACGUCGAAGGUCGAAUUCCCGUCUCGAUUUCGUGCAUGUUGGUCCCUUUCACGAUUCAUUUCGACGUGUCAGACCUGCUGCGAGCAAGUUCACAGCCACCUGCUACUGCACUGCUCUUGCCAAAACAGCGACACACUUUGGGUUCACAUGUGUACCGCGCUGACACAGCUGCAUCGCGCAUCGUGAACGAGAUCAUGGCAGAGCUCCAGCGUGUCGUCAAGCAGGUGGUCCAAACCAUUGCUCUCUCCCAUUUCCACACGGAGGAAGACGCGCAAGAGAUAUUCGCGUACACGGACGUGUCGAUUGAGUACGCGUCAAGAGUGCUCUGGAAUCUCCCGUCGCUAUCCAUUGAAGUCCAAUCGGUCAAUGAACAAACCAUUCUCGUCGCAGGGUUCAAGCGUUUCCUCUUGGGCAGCGGCCAGACGUUCAUUUCUGCCUUCACGGAGGUCUUUAAGAAUCAGUCCGAGCCCCUUUUGUCAAUGCUGCAGUCCUACUUGUCUGGAAACGACGUCGUGCUUCACGUGCGCGGAGGCAAUAUCCCUACUCAGUGCUACUCACUGCAAGUGCUCGAUCUGGUCAAUGUCGAGGUGGACGUUCCCGCCAAGAUCGACAGCGAGCCCGCCUUCCUUCGUGCGUACUCGAUCACGCCAAUGGUCAAGAACAUCGAUUCCAAGAGCCACAUAUGUGAUCUCGAGUUGACCGUGUCGAUCCGGAUCAACAACCCGCUGCCCAUUCACUUGGCUCUUUACGGCAUCGAGCUGGAUCUGCUGUACGAGCGAAACGCAACCAGCCACAGCCCCAGCUCCAAGUUCCUGUUGCACGUCAACAACACCACCAUGCACGUCGCGUGGCACGCCCACGAAGCCCACACGAUUGGCCUGACAACAGCUGUGCACGAUUUCGAUGCCUGCAUUGACGUCGUGACGUUCUAUCUCCAGAACCAGCUGACGUUUGACAUCCAGCACGGGUCCGCCUCUCUGGGUUCCGACCUCGGAACCUUCAGUAUUCCAUUCUCGGUCCAAGGCAUUCACAUUACGCCCAGUGCGCGAUCGCCCCAACCACUACCACCAUCACUACCAUCACCAUCACCAUCACCAUCACCUAUUGUCAGUAGUAAUCCAUCCCAAAGGGUCAAAAAGUAG